AUGGGAAAAUGCUGCAAAUGCAACGGGAGACUGCUAUGCAUGUGCUUGCUGCCAUGUAUGAUGACUGGACACCUUGUGAUUUACAUCAUGGUGACCAUAUUUGUCACCAUUUCUUACGCUCCUCCAAAAGUAAUCAUUCACUACAUUGCUCCAGGGAUUUCAGACAAUUCUUCCACGUUGGCCUCACACCCACUUGGUCCUUUCUGGAACCUUCGCCUGGAGGACAGUGCACUGUGGAAUCAGUUGCAGCACAGCUGGGACCGUCAGCACAAUCCAAUAUUAAGAGGAAACCUAACUGGGAUGCAAAAAAGCCCAAAAGGUCAGCCUUUUACUGAAAUUGAGGAUAAUUGUCUAUCAGACUGCAUGUCACAGAAGUGUUCAGUUCCUAGCGUGAAUGACUUCAACAGCAUGCCAGAGCAAAUUAAAGCAUUUAUCAGGUCAAUGCACUGCAGGAAGUACCCUCUUCUUAUCAACCAGCCUCGUAUGUGUCAGAGGAACAAUGAUACCACUGGGGUGGGGUCUCCAAUGCUCCUCAUCGCUAUCAAAUCACAAAUGGGGAACUUUGAAAACCGACAGGCCAUACGUGAAACAUGGGGACACAGCGGUCUGGUGAGGGGGGAGUUCAAUACAAAAGGGGGAUUAGUGCGCACGGUUUUCCUGCUCGGAAGGCAGGACUCAAGUACAGGUCCUUACCCAGACCUGAAGAACCUUCUGGAACUUGAGAACGAGAAGUACAGAGAUAUUCUGCAGUGGGAUUUCAGGGAUACGUUCUUCAAUUUGACCUUGAAGGACCUGCUGCUGUGGAGAUGGUUCAAGCAGUACUGCCCUACCGCCACUUUUGUCUUCAAAGGCGAUGAUGAUGUUUUUCUUCGGACUGAUGCCCUUCUCAGUUACCUGCAUAAAAAAAUGGAGGAGCACAAGCUUUGGAGAAUCUAUACUAAUGAAACAGACAUGAAUUUGUUUGUCGGCGAUGUGAUCAGCAAUGCCAUGCCGAACCGUGAGCCAUCCAUGAAAUACUACAUACCGGAAAGUUUUUACAAAGGUGUGUACCCACCUUAUGCUGGUGGAGGAGGGGUAGUGUAUUCAGGCUCACUUGCCUUACGUUUACAGGAGGUAUCUGAAAGGGUUCGCCUUUUCCCUAUUGAUGAUGUCUACCUUGGGAUGUGCCUAAACAGACUUGGGCUUUCUCCAAUCCACCACCCGGGUUUCUUAACAUUUGAUCUCUCCGCUACAGACAGAAACAAUCCGUGUGCAUACAGAUCUGUUCUACUCGUUCACAGACGGAAUCCAAAGGAAAUGCUGACCCUAUGGAAACAACUCCAGAGCCUGCCUGCUCAAUGCUGA